CCCCCCCCGCCUCUCUGUAUGGUCGGGACGGAGGAGCUCGGCUGACGUCACUUCCCGCGGCUCCUUCUCCCCACCCCACCCCCUCACGGCGAUAAGUUUCCCGUCAUCCCCCGCGCAUCCUCCUUUCGCCUCGCGCGGCCAAGAUGGCGGACACGCAGGUCGGAGCGGCUCCCCGUGACGGGGGGGGGGGAGGGGGAGAGACUGCGGGUCCCCUGGAAACGGGGAAGGGGGCGCCUGGGGGGUUAAUUGGUGGGGGGGCCUGAGUGGGGAGCGGGGGCUCCUGCUUUCUCCCGCCCUGAGGCCUCCGAGGCCGGCUUCCCUCAGCAGCAGGAGGGCCUCGCCGCCGGCCCUCGCCUGCCUCCCCUUCCAACGUCCAGGCGGCCCUGCAAGGCUGCUCUGCUCGCCCUCGUGGCCCGCAGGUCGAGACCCCACCCCCAAAAUCCCGGCUUAGGAAACGGUCCUUGACCCCCUUCCUAAGACCACGACGAAGGAGGGCCCUGCUGCAGAAUCAGGCCCGGGGGGGGGGGCAGCGCUGCAGCCCAUUAUGAGGAGCUGGAAAUCGGGCACAACACGUGCUCUCCCCUCCUGUGCUUCCUGUAAAACGAUGAGAAGGGGGUUCUGGAUCAGGCCGGAAAGGGAUCACCUGGUCCAGCAUCCUGUUCUCACGGUGGCUGAUGAGAUGAUGAUGAUAAUAAUUUAUUAUACCCCGCCCAUCUGGUUGGGUUUCCCCAGCCACUCUGGGCGGCUCCCAACAAAAUAUUAAAAUACAGUGGUCUGUUAAGCAUUAAAAGUUUCCCUAAACAGGGCUGUCUUCAGAUGUCUUCUAAAAGUCUGGUAGUUCUUCUCUUUGACAUCUGGUGGGAGGGUGUUCCACAGGGUGGGUGCCACUACCGAGAAGACCUUUUGCCUGGUUCCCAUUAGCUGCCCAUUAGGGGAAGGCAGCAAGCAGGAGCACAAGGGCAGCCCUACCUCAAACUGUAGAGGGCACCCAAUGGCCCUCUCCUCCAUGAAUUUGCCCUCACCCAUUCAAAGCAGCUGGCAAGGGGGGAGGGAGGCCUUCCCAGGGCCAGAGGAAGAAAGAGUGCCUGUUUAGGCUCAGCCGCUCCUUUCCAUCGCAAGAGGACUGCAGCCUUGCUGGUGACUAUUCUCUGCAACACCAAAUUAAUUGCUGUGCCUUCCUAAGGUAGUUGGGGCCCAGCUUGCAUGUGCUGCCUUCCUAUUGGCACCUCGUCCCUCUUGCUUCUGGGAACAGUUUCCUAAGAUGCUCAAACUUGGGGUCACACUGCUUCAAAUAUUCACAUGGAGCAGGAUGUGUCUGGUGAACCAUGGCCCAUUUCUAGGCUGCUCCAUUCCAUCUUGCAAGCACCCGCCCCAAAUAUGCUUUUCAGCAUGCGAAACAACCAUCCUCUUAACUCCUAUAGGCCUGGUGGCCCAAUUUUUCUGUUAAAGGGAGUUAAAGCUUCUACAGCUUACUUUUUAGCCAAGACCGCUUCCCAAAGCAGCCAACUAGUCCAUUUAGUAUACAAUGUUAUAAGAGUGUUUGUUGUGGUGCAGUUCAGCACCCAGUCCAUGAUCUAGUGUAUCCUACCAGACAGAAGAGCCAAAGAAGCUGCCUGUGGACUCUGCAAGACCCACAGAAGCUGCUCAUCUGCUAAUGACCCUUAACAGAUGACAAUCUAGUCUAUGUUCUUCCUUUCUAAACUCAUUCCUUUUUUCUCACAUGCAGACUGAGAGGGCGUAUCAGAAGCAGCCCACAAUCUUCCAGAACAAAAAACGUGUGCUCUUGGGAGAGACUGGCAAAGAGAAACUCCCCCGCUACUACAAGAACAUUGGUCUGGGCUUCAAGACCCCCAAAGAGGUAUUGAGCUUAGAAGGCAGUUUGGGCCAAUGGGAGGGUGCUUGUUAAGCCCUGUGAAGUUUGUAAAAUUAUACACAAAGGUAGACUACAUUUCCGCUUUUAUACUUUCCUUUUUGGAAACUUGAGUACAAACCUGUAUGCUCAAAAUAAAUUACUAUAUGUGGUGGAGUCAUCAGGCCAAAUGUUUAAACAGUAGGAUAGUUUCCCUUUGCUGACGUAUGAUGUACAUUCUCACGAUGGUCUUCCAAGCCCCAAUGGUGAAGGGGCUUUGACGAGAGUGUCCAAUAGGACCUUACUGAUGUCAGCUCAUAUGCAUAAAAGCAAGAGGCCUGGCUAAUUCUUCAUACAGCAGCCUCUUGCAUCUAGGAUAUGAUUUUAUCAUCAAGGUGGCAGACCUUUCUGUCUCUGGGCUGCACUGCUUUUGGCAGCAUCCACAUAAUGGGAUGUGCCUACUUCCAAGAGAUACAUUACUGUUAGGUGCAGGAAAUGCAUCAGAGAGAAAGGUUCUUGCUUGGCCUUUUCAUCCAUGAUCCUUUUCUCUAAACAAGGAUUUGUGGGGGCGGGUUUUGCAGGAAGUUUCUAUGAUGUAAGAUCAGUGUAGAUACACACACAUACUUCCGGGCUGAAGUAGCAGCCCAGAUGUAGGUUUUACCCCUUCGGUGAUAAUUUCAUUCCCAUCAUCAGCUGAAGUCAAGCUGAGAACAGGACUGCAUUAGGAGGCAGGCUGAGAAGCAGCCCUCCUUUCAGAUUGUGUCUGGCUGGGAAAGAAAUGGGGAGAGGUCUUAACAGGGAGGACUAUUGCUGUAAUUGUAUGAGGUGAAAGGGGGCCCUUCAUUGUGCUUGUGUUGUCUCCUUCCUUGGUUGUGUUCUGAUAACACUCUCUUUGCAUCCAGGCCAUCGAAGGCACAUACAUUGACAAAAAAUGUCCUUUCACUGGCAAUGUGUCGAUUCGGGGCCGCAUUUUAUCAGGUAGGAGGAGGUGCUGUUUAAAGCUAACAGAGUACAAGAUGUGGACACUUACCGUAUUUUUCGCCCUAUGGGACGCACUUUUCCCCCUCCAAAAAUGAAGGGGAAAUGUGUGUGUGUCCUAUGGGGCGAAUACAGGCUUUCACUGAAGCCUGGAGAGCGAGAGGGGUCGGUGGGCACCGACCCCCCUCCCUCUCCAGGCUUCAGGAAGCUCUGUGCAACCCUCGGGAGCCCGGCGCGAAGCUGCGCCGGGCUCCCAAAGGUUGCGCAGAGCUGCCUGCGCUCCCGGGGUCCGCGCAGCUCCGCACAACCCUCCGGAGCCCGGCGCGGCUCCGGCAUCGCUCUGGGGUCAGGGGAAGCUCGGGCUUCCCCCGCCCCAGCCCCCCGCCUGAUGGGGGGGAAAUAAUCCCCCCCCCAAAAAAAAUAUAGGUGCGUCCUAUGGGCCGGUGCAUCCUAUAGGGUGAAAAAUACAGGAUCUCUUGUUUCUCUUGUGCCCUGUGGUGGAUUUGCUUCCUGGAAAUUCUUUUGUUUCCUGCAUCUAUCUAUGGCACCAUUUGUGAUCCAUCGAGAAGUUUAACAGUGAUCUGUGCAUUGAAUUUUUCCAGCGCACCAAUAAGCCUUUGUGUGCUUUGUAGAGGUGCAUUUGUUCAAUAAAAACAGUUAAAAACAAUACAGAAGGUGAGUUUUGAAGCAGCAUGAAGUACACACUCAUAUUGCAGUGAUGGUACGGUAAAUCAAGUGUACAUUUAAAAAUCCCACAUGGAAAAGGAAACCUUGGGUGCCUGUGGCCCUCCCAGUGUGGAUGGACCACUCCCAUCUGCCCCAGCAAGAGACAUUGCAUCUGAUCAGCAGUGAUGACAGGUGCCACUUUACUGCCACAUGAUAGUGCUGUCUUCAAGGCAGCAACUUCUUCCCAGACUCCCAGGGCAGAGCAAGGAGUUCAUGCAGGGCACGUGAAGAUUUUUAUGCCUUGGGUGUCACCCCUCUCCCUUUGUUUUCAGGAUUUAUAAACCAGAUUUCUACAAGAAAGCACCCUAAGUAGCAUGCAACUUAACUCUGCAUUAAGAUGGAUAGAGUUUAAAAGCUAUACAACUGCCUAAAUGAACAACAAAACAGUAAAAUCCGUACAGCUCACAAAUGCCUGAUGGAAUGAGUGUUUGCUAAUUCUUGGGUUAAGGAAUUGUUUCGCAGGGAGAAUUGGUCAAAAUGGGUUGAGAUUGGAUAGGAAAUGUGUUUGACACCCAGACCCAUUUUGGUAAAUGAAGCAAUUGGGACUUUAUUGAGCUUUACUGGUCAAGUUUGUUACUUUUGACUACCUUAUUUGUAUUUUUUUCUGACUGACGGUCGAAUAAAAAGGAUGAUGAUGAUGACUACCUUAUUGUAACUGGGAAACUAGAUUGAGUCUUAAAGCAGAGGUGAUGAGCCUUUGGCCCUCCAGAUACUGUUGGACCACAGUUCCCAUGAUCCCUGGCCGUGGGCCAUGCUGGCUGAGGCUGAUUGGUGUUGGGAGUCCAGCAACAUCCGAAAGGUCCCCCAAAUUCCUCAUCUGGUUUGAUUUUAUGUGAAAAGUGGUGGGCUUGUAACAGAUCACUUGAAUGAUUAUUUGGAGCAUUCCCCCAUAGAGCUGUGUGGCAGAGCCAUAUUUUGCUGCCAAUAGUCCAGAGGUGCUGCACAUCUGUUUCCAACAGUUCUCAAGCUGCAAGUGAUGUUUUUCUCACGAUGGUCUGCUGAGCCCCCAUGGUGAACAGGGUUCUGAUGAAAUUGCCUUGUGGCUGAACUGAUGGUGCUUGAAUAGACUGAGGAGCAGAUGUGCUUUCCUUAUCUUUAGGUCUGCUGCAUCUGAAUUGAGCCUCCUAAAUGCACUUUAUUGGUGUUUUUGUGGUAUUUUGUGCCUCUGCCAUCCCACCACUCACACACAGGCAUCCCUGGGGGAACUCAUGAGAGGUGAGGGGGUGGGGGACAGAGGCAGGCCUGUUCCUUCGCAGAGCAGGUGUCUCAUUCGUCUUCCAUUCUCCCUCCAUCCCUCAGGCGUGGUCACCAAGAUGAAGAUGCAGCGCACCAUUGUGAUCCGCAGGGACUACUUGCACUACAUCCGCAAGUACAACCGCUUUGAGAAACGGCACAAGAACAUGUCUGUGCACCUGUCCCCUUGCUUCAGGUGAGAGGGUGCAGGUCUCUAGCUUCCGUCCCCGACCUGGUGCAGAUACUGUUUUAUCUGGUUCCUUCAGGUCUUUAUAGAAAAACGCAUAAGGUUUGCAGAUCAGUUCCUGCUUCGUGCUGUAUAAGCUGAAACAGAUAAAAUAAUUACAACAGACAAAGAACAGCACCAGUUAUCUUUGCCCCUGUACAUUUGUAGCCCUCUUUUAGAGCAAAUAACAGAGAACUUUUUGUAACUGGGUUUGUGGUUGGUCUAGCAAGCAUGUUGGUGAUGAUGUACAAACUCACGAUGGUCUUCCUAGCUCUCUCUGGUGAAUGAGAGGCUGCUGAAAAUGCCAGUCUGGCAGUCACUGAACCAUAAAGCUUGCUCAGUUAGAGGGUAGUUAUUGUUGUUUUUGUCACCUGAGUUGGUGUUUUAUUUAUUUUUGUUUUAGGGAUCAUAUAAGCUGUUCAUCAACACAUCUACCACAAUUUAUUUAUUUAUUGGUCUUUUCAUGUUCCCUCAGGCUUAGUUUGUAUUCUGUCAAAAAAUUAACAAGCCCUUCUUUCCCUCAAUACGCGCUCCCCUACAUCCCUGCCCUAAAGUUGUUGUUACUUUCUCAUGUUUCCAGGGAUGUGCAGAUUGGAGAUAUUGUGACUGUGGGUGAGUGCCGUCCUCUCAGCAAGACUGUCCGGUUCAACGUCCUCAAGGUGACCAAGGCUGCUGGCACCAAGAAGCAGUUCCAAAAGUUCUAAAGUGGCGCCUCAUGGCUCUCCUUGGGAUGCUCAAAUAAACCUUUUGUAAAGACCUUUGGUUUUGUUACUUCUGGGGAAGGAGUUUUUUUGGGG